CUCAACGGCAAACAGAAGAUCUUCAAUAUGAAAUCAAUUCUCUCUAUCAGCUUUCUUUUGGUUCUGGCUUUAAGCCAAGUUAGUGCAAAUUGUUCUGGAGACUGUCCGGAUACGGAAGAUGUGGUUUGGGUUCUCGGCGGAGGCUGCAAUGUUUUCCGCAAUAAAUGUUACUUUGACAAGGAGAACUGUCAUCGCAAACCAGCCUUGACCAUCACUACCAAGGAGGAGUGUCAGAAACAUUGUGCCACUAAUUGUAUCCAAGUCUAUUCACCGGUUGGUGGAACCUACAAAGGUCAGGUCCGUCACUUUGGAAAUGAAUGCGAAAAGCACGUUCAUACGUGUCUAACUGGCGAAACGUUUUUGGAUUAGCUGAGAACAAGCUGCGAAACAACUCGAAAAACGCGACGUUAAAUAAACUGAUUUAUCUAU